CAUUGACUACAGUUUCGCCGGCACGGUUGAUUGUCGUUAUGAACCAGCACAAAAAACAAAGCUGCAAAUUAUGCCCCAGUGGCGGUACCACGAUCAAAGUAUUCCUUGAAAAAAUCAUAUCACAUUAGCCGAGCCAGCUGGCGGAAGCAUAUGCAUAAAGGUUACUAGGUUACUAUUUUCAACGACAACUGUUUAUUUAUUAUACUGCUUCAAAUACCUUCGACGAAAUCAAAUGUAACCAUACCAACUGUAAAUUACGAGCCACCUGUUAACUCUAUCAUCUUGGUAUGGAAUUAAUUUAACAGCAGUAUCAUUAUCCUAUUCGAAUUCAGUGGGCACAACUUUCCAAUUUGAAUCCUUUCGCUACUCAUCCGUUUUCAUCUGUCACCUUUCAAAGUGCCAUAUAAAUAAAACACAGCUGAGUUCGAUGCCUUUGGUUUGACAAACACAUGUACAUUUGCCGGUUGUUAAUUGUUUUGUUCAAAAGUGGUUGCAAAAAGUUAGCAAAAUUUCAUCAUGAUAAAACGCCCUUCUAGUAAGGAUAGCGAGGAUGAUAUACUCCGUAUGCAACAGGAUUUUUUCGCUGAGUCGAACCGUGAUGCAAAUUUCCAACCUGCGGCCAAAGUUGUUCGCGUUCGGGAAGAAGGUGACGAUGGACAAUCGUCAACUGUGAAACCAAACAAACAGUCGGAAUUUUCCCGGCAACGCAAACUUAGAAGAUCCUCACCGAAUAAAGAGCAAAAUCAGUGUAUUACAAAGCACGCCGUUAUAGGAGAUGUUAUCGAAAAAAGACCUGACAAAUCGAAUUUCAAAGCUUCAUACAAAGAAAUCAAUUUCACCGAAGGAGCAUUUCCGAAACUUAUUCCAAUUAGGGUGCUUCCGGGAGGAAGUGGCAAGCAUACUAGCUUGUUUGCACAAAUGUUAAACGCAGAUGGUCAACAUGAGCAGAAGCACCAAGAGGCUAAAUUUUGGCUGCCUUCGAAGAGUGUGAUCCUUGAAGGUGUUGAUGCUCAUCAGAUUCACGAGGAAAAUGUCCAGAAAUUACAGCAAAUGAGCGAGGAAGAAAUUCUCAAUGAACGAGAACAGCUGAUUGGUUCGUUGGACCCGAAAUUGGUGGAUUUUCUAAAAUUGAGAAAAAAUGAUUCUAAGGGCAAAUGCUCAAAACCAUCGCACCAACCAAUUCAAGAGGUGGACGAGCUGAAACCGGAAACUCCUGAUUUGGAAAUUCUAGGGCAAGAAGGGUCGGACCAAUGGGUCAACUUUGAUGUUUUGGAACCGGAGAAACUUGAAUGGACUAAAAAUAUUCAGAAGAACAUAAAGGAAUUGGCUCCAGGUGAAACAUUCGAAGCAAGGUUCGAUUGGAAAGGUGUUCUUCAGCCGUACAUUAUUAAGGAGAAGGACGACAAGGCGGAUGAUCGUGAGUUGUAUUUGCACGGAGAAGAUGAACAUCGUCCAGGUUACACGCUGCAGGAACUCUUCCGACUAGGGAGGGCUAAUGUUUUGCAACAAAGAAUUUCGGCUUUAAAUGCAAUCGGUGGAAUACUGAAUAUUUUCAAUCAAGGGUUCUACGAUGGUGUUCUAGAGCUGCCGAUUUCGAAAAUAUUUUUCUUUUUGAGAUUUGCGCUGGAUGAAAACACUCCGGCGGUUGUUGAGGCAGCUUCUCGCGCAUUGGCUUAUAUGUUCUAUAAUGACACAGAUGAAACAUUGCUGGAUACAAUAUAUGAUACAAAACGUGGGAUUUUCCAACCAGAGCUUAGUUUGAAUGUUACACACAGUCGUGCCGAGGAGAAGGAAGAACGGCAGAAAGACCUGGAGAACAAGUUUAAUUCGCUCAAAUUGACUGACCGUAAGGCUCGGAAUAAGAAUUCGAAGAAGGUUAGUUUUGAAACAACUGUCGAUGACGAUCCGGAUGACGUGUACAACAGGGAAUCGAUGAACGAUUUUCACUUGGCCGAAACCGAUCUGCUGGAGUGUUUGUUGCGUACGAAUAUUCUUGAAAGAAUCAGAUACAUUUUGUUCACGAUGAGACCAGAAGGAUCGACAGCAAUCAGUUGUAUGAAAUUGUUGAUUAGAUUGGCCCGAACAAACAAAUCGCUGGCAGUGAAAAUUGCCUCCAACGAAGAGCUGAUGGAAGGACUGGUGAAAUCUUAUCUAAGCGGUAGUGAUGGACCGAGCCAAUACGAACCGCAGCAUUUGGUGAUAAAAUUGUUGAGAGUGUUGUGUUCAUAUGCAAACGACUUCUAUGGACGUUUCCUGCAUCGGUACCACGUGGUUAUUCUGUUGAAACGUUACUUGUUUUCCAGAAGGGAUAUCAAUGUCGGCUUCAUACAGAUACAAGUUGAAACAUUUCGAUUUUUGCGACUAAAUCUCAUGUGCUCCCGAGAUGACGAUCUAUAUCGCGAACUAUUGCCAGCGCUUUUCUAUUUGCUGGAAUGGCACUACCAGCAUCUGGUCCUGGAGGAGAGUGGACCGUUUAUCAUACGUCAGCACUGUGCGGCCUUGUUAACACUAAUUGGCUACGAGCAUCUUGAGGCUUCGGCUGAAGUUGCAGCUUCGGCAUCACCCAACGUUACUGUGUUCACCCCGCAGAACUGUGACCGACUGUUUGCCUGCUUCUGCAAAUGGUUUAACGCGGCUGCCAAGUACGGUGUUAAUGAGUUUUCGCAGAAAUUGCUGCUCAGUGCAUGCCUCGGUGUGGCUGCCAUAAUGCGACCGGUGGCUAUGAGUUACUACCUGAACUUCGUUGAUAGCUAUCUGGUGGCAUUUCUUCGGAGCGCUAAAUUCAAUGAGCUUACGAGACAGCUUUGCAACUCACCUCUGUUCAAACCCAUGAUAGAGGACAGAAGUGGGAAAAUCGACUCUCUGCCAAAUCUAGGUUCAAUUCUGGUCGACGAACAGCAUACGGGAGCACCAACGCUUAUCUUCGUAAAAUCCUAUCCCAUCUUCCUGCUGCAUGCUAUACUCGACUUUGCGCUGAUGCAUGCCAAUCUCAACCCUAGACCGCUGGAGUUACUCAUUGGUAACACGUUUCAUUUCAAUUAUCUAACCAAACUGGCAGACACGGUUACGGUGCAGCAGUGUGAAAACUCAGAAUCAAUCAUAGCACCCGCCAAAUCGAUGAAUUGGUUCCUGAAGGCCGAAGUUCAUUACAUUGUUGACUUACUAACCGUGCUCGUGGGACGUCAGCGCAGUCACACCGACGUAUGCGAAGAUCGUAAUGCGGAUGGUGAGUUUGUUGAACACGAUUCGAUUGGUAAAAGGUGCAUUGAUGUGCACUUGCUGUUGGCUGUGGCGUUCAAAGCAACGCAAUAUCUCAGCGAGGAAUUGUAUCCUGCGCUUGUCAAACUCUUCGACGAUGUGUUUUUUGUGCGAGAAUUUUAUGCUGAGCAGAUUGAAACUGUUACCGCCGAGGAGAUGCAGCGGUGGAAGUUCAACUACAAAGUGAAACUCAAAUCACUCGUAAAAAAUGAGGAAAAUUCAAACAGCUGUCACAAUAGUUUCACUGUUCUCGCGUGGCGUACUCCUCUGUUAGAAACAUCGUGGCCGUAUUCACUGCUCUAUCUCCUUCUGGGGGGUAUUGAACAAGGUUCAGCACGGCUGGAAUAUUUUUCCGAAGAGCAGAUAAUUAAAACAUCGCUAUCGUUCGCCGAACUCGUGGAAGCAAAUGCUAUCUGUCUGGUGACACGAACGCAAAAACUGAUGUACUUAAUGACAGCUUUCCUAGGUCCGGGUUCAAUGUUUCUUGAGCCUUCCAUUUCCACCCUCAUUACGCGUCGCAUCGAUGAGUUGAAAAACGAGAUGACUCAGUGUGGAGCAAUGUUUGAUUUCGAGGCCAAACUAGAGGGGAAGAAAAGCUAUCAAGGAUUAUAUCAGCUAGUGCUGGACACUUUCCAGAGCUCAAGCUACGGCCACGUACCCUUCAGUGCACUGGUGAUGGUUCCUCUCGCUCAGAAAUAUAGCAUUCAGUGGCGAAACAUCGUGUGGUCGGAAUACGUUGCUGUCCUGAGAUUUAUCACUUGCACCGAGCAACAGCUUUUUGGUCCAUUCGAGGAAUAUAUACAACCAGCGGAAACCGACGCAACGCUGAUAAAGUAUUACAGUCAAGCAUUAAAUUCAAACCUACUUCGCCAGGGGUCGAUUCCCGCGCGAAUAGCUGCCCAUCAUUUGCAAGCAUUCCGUGAGACAAAGGAUGGGGUAAAACGUGAUAAUACUAACGAUAAAUAAACCGAAAGCUGCACAACAAUCAGUUUAUAUCCUUUUGC